AUGGGCUUCACGGACUGUUUACCGCAGCUGUCUACUCAAUUCGGGGAGCGUUUCCGAUUACCAUCCAAGUUCACCAGGGAUCUGACUUGGGGUCUGAUAAUAGGAGUAACUUUCUCAUUAUCUUCUACGUCGGUUGCAUUGUUGUUUGAGGACUGGAGAAGGAAAAGAAACAUUGCCAGGAUACCGCCUAGACCUAUCGAAAUAAGAAGCGAUGAAAUCGUAGAUGGUGUGAUCGGCCUGAUAGGUAAUACCCCGCUUAUAAGGAUCAACUCUCUGAGUAAUGCACUUGGAGUGGACAUACUGGGAAAAGCAGAGUACUUGAACCCCGGAGGAUCUGUGAAAGAUCGAGUGGCUUUGAAGAUCAUCGAGGAUGCCGAAACGCAAGGGUUGUUGCACCCCCAUACUGGCUCUGUACUAUUCGAGGGAACUGUUGGCAGUACAGGUAUUUCAUUGGCAACAGUGGGUAGGGCAAAAGGCUAUGAAUGUUGCAUCAUAAUGCCUGAUGAUGUAGCCAUCGAGAAAGUUCAGGUGUUAGAGAAACUAGGAGCUAAAGUAGAGAGAGUGCGGCCGGCUAGUAUCGUCGAUGAGAAACAGAAUUUAGCACGCAAACGAGCUUUAGAAUUUGGAAAUACGACUUUGGUUGAUCCUCCAAAAACCAAUCCCGAGAUUGCAGUUUCGACUCAAGCUCAACCAUCAGAAGUUGGACAUGAGACGAAUUCUUCUGAAUCAUUUGUACCCGUGAUCACUCUACCCGAAAUACUUCGUCCUGCACUAGAAACCAAACCGAGGGGAUUUUUCGCGGAUCAAUUUGAGAACGAAUCGAAUUUCCACGCACAUUAUAAAGGGACCGGCCCGGAGAUACUCAGACAAACAAGUGGUAAUUUGGACGCUUUCGUUAGUGGAGCUGGUACAGGAGGUACUAUAGCUGGAACUGGAGUAUUCUUGAAGAAAUCGUUACCCAAUCUGAAAAUUGUUCUAUCUGAUCCUGAAGGCUCAGGAUUGUAUAACAAGGUCAAGUAUAAUGUCAUGUUUGAUCCCAAGGAGAGUGAGGGGAAGAAAAGGCGACAUCAAGUCGACACUGUGGUGGAAGGUAUCGGAAUCAAUCGAAUAACCCAGAAUUUCUCUUUGGGAUUGGACAUCAUUGACGAUGCUUAUCGAAUAUCUGAUGCAGAAGCAGUGGCAAUGUCGCGUUACCUCGUGUCACAUGAUGGCCUUUACCUCGGUUCUUCAAGCGCAUGUAACCUAGUAGCUUGUGUAAGAUUGGCGAAAACUCUUAGUAAAGGUAGUCGGAUAGCUACAAUCCUGUGUGAUUCUGGAUCACGACAUCAAAGUAAAUUCUGGUCAGACGAUUAUCUUCGAACGAAUAAUAUUCCUAUAGAUACAAGUAUCAUCGAUACUUUACUCAACUCAUAA